AUGGGAGAGGACCAAGACCAAGUAUUUUCAAUAGAGUCAUAUUCAUCCCUCCUUAUUAAACAGAUUCAUAUCAGUAAAUAUCCAUUAAAACCAAAGGAUCUGCAUAAAAUAGACAAAGUGCAGAAUAUAAUGAUCAUUGAUGCAUAUUUAAAUUUACAACGGGUACGGCACGAAUUAUACGGCAGUACAUUUAAAUAUUUUAUACUCCCGGACAGGGCCAGGAUUACUUUAGAGUCAUUGUGUAAAAAGAAGUAUAAGAGAAAUAGCAUGCAUUUGGAUAAAAAAAUAAGCAUACCAAAUAAGGAAAUUUCUUUAUUAAAAAUAACGGAUUUUCCUAAUAUAGAAGAAAUAAUUAAUUCCACUGUAAAAAUCAAAAAUCCCCAUGCGGGUGCGCAUACAUCAGAAAUAACCCGAAAUUCAUGGAUAUUCAAAAUAUUAGACGAGAAUAAUUUAUUCUGUGAUGACUCCUUGGUCUUAUUCUUAUCACAGGAUAAUUUACUCCUCCCAAUAACCCGACAUAACCCGAAAUAA